UUGAGUAAUAACAACAGUGCAAUUAUUUAUUAUUUCAAUAAUAAUAUGUAGUUUACAAGUGUAUGGAAACAUGAAAAUUAUGUAUUCAAAAUCUUACUUUGUACAUGAGUUUGGUUAGAAUGGCAUGGAAUUAAAAUUUGUAUAAGUGUCAUUACAUUUAUAACUUUAAUGAUUAUUGGUAAUUUAUAUUACAUUAUUAUAACAAUAUACAAUUGUUAUAUUAAAUCACUGUUUUUAAGCGUUUCGUCAUUGUUUGAUUAUACUUUUAUUAUAAGCAUGUACUACAUUACAAAGUAUUUCGUGAUUGCAUAAGUUUGGAAUGAUUGAUAUUUACAAUAACAGAGGCUGCAAAAUAAAGAAAAUACAUUAAAUUUAUUUUAUCUAUUUAUGUUGCUUUGUGUUAUAUUACAAUAAUGUGACUUAACCAACGUAAGUACAUUGUAAAAAUAGAAUGAAAAGUCAAAGAAAUAUGACCACAUCAUCGGUGCAUAUUAAACGUUUCAUAUAAAGCGCGUAAUAGCACCAAAACAUGGCGCCUAUCGAGGUACUCUCGAAGUAUCGAUUCUCGACCUAACCUCACUUCAGUCUCCGCUAGGUGCGCACGGAGGUAGUGUCGCUCUGUAGUGGUAGAGGAAACUGAGUGACUGGAAAUAGGAUAGAGAAACGGACAGGUGUUUUUUGCGCUGUUAUAAAUUUUUUCCCGAAAGUUCGCGACUCUCGUAAAACUACAAAGGUUUCUGUUGUACCUGUAAAUAGAACGAUACCACAAGAAUUGAUUGUUUAAUCGACAAGCGCGCACGCGCCGCUUUCCCCUCGCUCCACAAUAUACUCCGCGCGUAACCGCCGCCAUAGUUGAUAUUUCUCCGAUAGAAUAUUAAUAGCGGCGUAAGUUUUCGCGGUUUAACAUAUUUUUAUCUACUAAUUGGAAAACAAGAAUGCAUUCGACGAAGGUUGUGAGACGAGGUCAUUCAAGAUAAAGCUGGGAUCCGUAGGAAGGAGGGUGUCUACUUUCACAGCUCGUGGUUUUCAGGAGAGUGGCCUGGCAUCGCGGCGCUUCGAGUUAACGUGUGACCACCGUCGGUGGCUAUGUACCGUUAGCUCGAAUUCAUUCCCCGUUGGCCGGCCCAAGACCCACGCUUACCUACCGACCGGGGCCAUACUCGAUCGAACUCGACUGUCGUAAACCCGGAAAUGAGUGCGCGUCGUGGAUCGCCGUUACCGUAGAAAAGCUGCUAGUAGUGCGCGAUUUUAUCACGAGUCACGACUCGUCAAUUGCUAGAGACACGUUCAUUCGGACGUACGUCUUGUAUGACGUGUGCGCCGUAAACAGUAGCCGCGGCUAGCUAGAAAAGCCGUGGCACGACGAACGUGUACGUAAAAAUGAGAAAGUUGCUGUCGCCGCGGUGAAGAUUGAGAACGACGCAGGCGAGCCAGCCAGGCGGACGGUCUCUGUACUACGCGAAGGUGUUUCGACGCAGCGACCAGUAGUAGCAGUACGUUGAAAGGAGUGCACAAGGGAGUCACAGCUGCUCGUGGCAACAUGAUCGUGUAUAAACACCAUGAACUUACUUUACUUCGGAACAUGUUCACUGAAGAUAGAUUAAAGGAUUAGAAAUUAUCUGUGAAUUCUAUGAAACACGGAAUCUAUAUUGAAACUGUUCGAAGUUAAGAAGGUCGAUGCACUUCGAUAGCAGCACUCAUGCGUCAAAAUUUAAUUAUCGUGGAAAAUGAAUUUCACGCCUUUUCCCGGGUUCACGACAGGCUCGCUACCGACGGGCACGGUUCAUCAGUUUGCAACCGCUAAGUUUGCCCAAAACCUGCCGACUGGAGGUCAAGUAGUUGGCGUUUUAUCUGGAGGCGAAGGCGGUGUUCAUUAUCUGAGGCCGGUCGAUCCGAACGGUUUCUCCGUAGCUCAGGGGGGUAAUAAUCAGCAACAGCAGAUCAUCACAUUGCCCAUCACUGUACCUGGAAAAGAUGGCACGCAGCAGCAACAAACCGUCCAAAUCCAGGUGGUCAAUCCCAGUGUAUCGCAGAGCGGGAACAGCGGUGAUCAACCAAAAUAUCAUUUGGCUCCAAUUUCGUUGGGACAAUUCCCCCAAGGUGCAGCAACAGUCCUCACCGUUGCAUAUAGUCAGCAAGGCGCAGAUGGAGUACAGAUCCAAGUACAGCCACAAAACACUGUGGCAACAACGCAAACAUCUGAUCAGACGACUCAAAGUACAUCCACGGCAGUUACUACUACAUCCCAGCAAACUAUACAGCAAACUGUGCAGCUUCCAGGCGCGCCCGAAGGUUUAACCGUGGUCGCACAGAUCCCGCAAGAUUUGAUCUUACGCGAGGGUAUGGACGAAUCGAAAGAAGACGUAAAAGAAGGUACAACACCAGUUGCUCUCAUAAAGAGGGGUAGCAUUAAAAAUCAGGGAAAUCAAAGCGGAGAAGAAUUUAUUACUUCUAUGCCCGCUAGUUGGCAAAGCCUUGCAACUCCAGGAUCAACUGUCGCGGAUUAUUUGUCCAGGUUGCCUGCUAGUACCUUGCCUAUUAGUUUACAACAUUUCUUAAAAUUUUCGGCAGAGACAAUAAAGAGAGAAGCCACUAUUGAAUCGAGCCCUUUAGGUGUUGAUGGUUUGGAUGCAUCUGGAACAGCAUCAGGGGAACACGCGGUGCAAAUUACUGUCGCUGGUGGAGAAACGUCAAUCAUUCCUGAUGUUGUCGACGAGCAAGAUCCUGGAGCUAAACCAAAAAGAAAAAAGAAAUAUAAGAAAAAACCUCCGAAACCAAAAAAGCCAAAACCAGGACAAGUAAGCAUAGUUACUGCUCUUGAUGGCACAACAUUGUUUUGCUGUCCUCAAUGCAACAUGGCUUACCCUGAAAAAGAACUCCUGGAGCAGCAUCUUAUUGGGCACAAAAUUGAAAGGAGGUUCAUCUGUGACAUUUGUGGUGCAGGUUUGAAACGUAAAGAACAUUUAGAACGACAUAAGUUGGGCCACAAUCCAGACAGACCCUUUAUCUGUUCAGUUUGCAUGAAGGGUUUCAAACGAAAAGAACACUUGAACCUUCACUUUGUUAUUCAUUCUGGGCAUAAGACAGAGGUUUGUACCGAAUGUGGUAAAGCAUUCUACCGCAAAGAUCAUUUGAGAAAACAUGCGAGAUCCCAUUUGGCUAAGCGCAUUAAGGAGGAUCCGGGAUUGAUCACAACUGAUGCUUCCCAAAAUCCACAACAGCAGACAGAUCAACAACAACAACAACAACAACAAGCAGAGCAAUUGCAACAACAGGCAGACCAACUGCAGCAACAAUCAUCGGUAUCCGAAUUACAACAGAUACAGAUACAAGUAGGCCAAGGAUCUCAGGCACAGAUUCAUCAGAUAGCUGUUAGCGAACAGUCUACAGUUGUUCUUCCAACUGCAGCAGAAACUGGAGCAAUGGCUAUACUUCAUCAUCAACAACAGCAACAGCAACAACAACAACAGCAGCAGCAGCAACAACAACAACAGCAGCAGCAACAACAACAACAACAGCAACAGUCGCAUUAGCAGCAGCAUACCGCCCCGAAUCAACCUGGGCGGUACUUUCGAUUUAAUCAUCAACAGGCUAGAGGUCGUGCAAGGCAAAGUGUUCUUGCUGAUUGAAUUUUAUAAUCCCAUAGUCAAAUUGGUAUCUUGUAAAGAA